CACCGCUACCGAAAUAUUAUUGAAUAGCAAACGGAAAUAUUGAUGUGAAAUUGCGUUUGAGUGGAUUUUUCAAUUAUCUUUUCGUUCCUAUUUGGGUUUUUCUAGUUGCAUUUCUUCUCACGCUUUAUGGUCAUUUUUACUCAUCUAGAGAAUCAAUUGAUAACUGUAAUUGAAAUUCCUUUGCAGAAUGUAGGCACGCUUUGUUGUGUUGAAGCGGUCAAAGAGGUGAGGUCGUUGCUGCAUAAAAUUCAAUUCAAAACUGUCAUUAUAUUAACGUAUUUAACUCGAAUAUGAAGGCACACAUAAAUAUACUAAUUUUAUAUUUUCUAAUUGUUAAAUUAAUUUAUUCGUAAGAUUUUGAGCCCAUAUUGAUAAAAAUCUGAUUGUUUCUUCUACGAACAACACUUCAUUUGAAGUUUAACAACUAGAAUUUCAUUCACUGUAAUAAAUACGUUUAUGACAUCGAAUUAUAUGGGUUUUUGGAGAGCGCAUUUUAUCUUAUCGCAAAAUGGACAAAUUUGACUUAAACACGUUAGUUUCGUGUUCAAUGUUUAUCGAUUUGAAUGUAGUGAAGCCAAAAUUGAACCUUGGGCGGGAUUUAAAAUAGUACUUCAAAUUCGUAUCCCGCAUUAAGACAAAUGAAACCAUCAUUUUAUAUAAAGUUACUAACAUCAUUUUUCGGGUGUGAACUGGAAUCAAGCGACUAGCUAGUAAUAAAUACAACAUUUUUCCCGAUAAGAAAGUGGAAAAUCAGGAUUAGAGGCUGUUAGAGGCAUAGCAGUGAACGAACAGGCACAGUAUAUUGGUGGGCAUAGAGCCCUAUAAGACGAUCGAGCCAAGAGUCUGGUCCAUAUCGUUUCGUUUUUCCUAGUCCUAUUUUGGUUCUAUAGAAUGAACGGUUUCACAAAUCAUUUUGAAAACAUCUUUAGCAAAACAUAGGUGACAACAUUGAGAAUGAACAAAAUAUUUUUGACACAUAUUUCUUCUAGUACUACGCCAUCUGUCAAAAAUAGACAUACAUAAAAGGCUAGAUUAAAUGACUCUAAGUUGAUUUAUAUUCUACUGAACCGAUAUAUUAUUUUUUUUUUUGGAAAAUUUCAUUAUAUUCCAACUAAAUAUGUCUGAAAAGAGUGAAGGUGUUGUGGGGCCAUUGAAUUUUGCUGAAAAAUGUGGUACGUCUGUACGAGAACAAUUGUACCCAAUACAGACACUUCCAUGUCUGUUCUGCGAUAAAAUCUUUGAAUUUUACAAGGAAAAACAGGACUAUUUGACGCACUUAUAUUUGCAACAUCGGCUAAUUAUUGGGGAUGAGGAUGAAGUUGCCAUAUUCCAUGAUUAUCUGGCACAUUGGCGUAACAUAUUCUGCGGCGAAGAUACAAGAAUUGCUGAAUUCUGCACGACCAUGCUCAUGGAUAUCCUUCCAAAUGGAACACCAUCCAAAAAUGAAAAGUAUUUUUUGCUGUGCGAUGUCCUGCCACAAGAUAACGAACUAAGACAAAAGCUACGGAAGAAAUGUUUGGAACUUGCAUUGACACAACAUCAAUACGAGAGGACCGACCAAGACUUUGAAAGAAAUUGUCUGUUUUGUCGUGAUGUAAUUAAACCGACAAGAAGUACCUACGUUGAACAUUUGUUUAGCAAACAUUUCAUGCAAUUGGGGAAACCAGAAAAUUUGGUGUUUAUCGAUGAGCUUAUCGAUACCGUACAACAAAAAUUGGAAAACUUGGUCUGUCUGUUUUGCGAAAAAACAUUCAAAGAUCGACCAACACUCAAGGAACACAUGCGGAAAAAGGGUCACAAACGUAUCAAUCCAGAUAAUAAGAAUUAUGACCGCUUUUUUCUAAUUCACUAUCAACAUAAAUCACACAAUCAGCAGCAGCAGCGAAAGAAGCAACAGGACAAAAUUCAAAAAGGCCAUAAAAAAAUUCAACCGAAGAAAGAGCCAGAUCAAUUGGAAGGCGACAACAUUUUUGAACGUGACAGCGACUCAAACACAAGUUGGUCUGAUUGGGAAGGUGAUGACCAGGAUGUGACGUGCCUUUACUGUACGCAGAAAAAUAGCGACUUUACUGAAUUGAAAUCUCACAUGAACCUUGAACAUGGAAUUGAUUUCGAUCGAGAAACAGAAAACAUGUCAUUUUAUGACCGCGUGAAAAUGGUUAAUUUUGUUAGGAGAAAAAUGUAUACAUUGGAAUGCAUCACGUGUAACGAACGCUUCCCAAAUUCAUCCGAUUUGCAAGAUCAUCUGAAACAUAAUAAUCAUUACUCAUUGGGCAAUAACAAGGACUGGAAUUUACCUCAAUACUUUUUCCCUACGUAUGAAGAUGAUGCCUUCCUGUGUCACCUAGACGAUGCCAAUUUAGAUGAUGAAAACUGCAUCGCUGUUACGAACGAUUCAUCAAUUAUGGUUUUUCCAGAAGAAAUCUAACAGAUACACACAUUGACAACCAUCCACGUAUCCUAAUUUAAAUUGAUUUCAUUUUUUCGAAUAAAUGUUACAUAGUCAAUUGUA